GGGCUGCUAUAGCGACGCGGAGGACGCCGGCGGAGCCCGAGGGACAGCGCCCGAGCAUGCCCUUCACCAAACGUGCCUACUACCCGCUGGCGGAGGGGGGAGCCGGGCCCGACGCGGGGCCCGCUUCGUUCCCCGCCUUCCAGUUCCGCGGGCGCCACGAGGCCCCGGACUGGCGGCGGCUGAGCGCCGUGGACGUGGAGCGUGUGUGGCGGGAGGGGGACGUGGCGGCCUUGCAGGAGCACCUGGAGCACGUCACCUUCUGCAGCGCCGAGGGGGAGCGCUGCCCCCACUGCCAGGGCCCCGCCGACCCGCUGCUGCUCAGGCUGCUGCGCCUGGCCCAGCUCUGCACCGAGUACCUGCUGCACUCCCAGGAGUACCUCGGCGCCCAGCUCGGCGCCCUGGAGGAGGCGCUGCGGGCGGCCCAGGCCCAGCGCGACCAGCUGGGCAAGGAGGUGGCCCAGCGCGCACAGGAGAUCAAGGCGCUGAAGGAGGAGUGCCAUCGGAGGAAGAAGAUGAUCAGCUCCCAGCAGCAGAUGAUGCUGGAAGCCCGAGCCACCUACCACCAGUGUCAGUUUUGUGAAAAGGCUUUUAUGACCUAUUUCUUUUUACAAGGCCACAUGCAGAGGCGUCAUCCAGAAGAGUCUCAGAUUGAACAGAAGAGGAAGGCAAAGACAGACAUAUUGCAGGAUGAAGUUGAUAAACUGAAGGAGCAGUUGCAGCUCACCAAGUCUCAGUUAGAGGCUGAACAACAGGCUAAUAUGGUCAGGUUUUCUAAGGAAUGUGAACAGCAAAAAUCAAAAGAAGAAGGAAUUCUACAAUCAUUUCAUAAAUGGAAAGAGGAGGAAAAAGAUAAAUUGGCUGAUGAAAUAGAAAAAGUGAAAGAGAUGUUUAUGAAAGAGUUUAAGGAGUUAUCUUCAAGAAAUUCAACAUUAGAAAAUCAACUGUUAGAAUUACAAAAGUUCAAUAUGCAACAAAAAUCCAACUUAGGGACACUGAAAGAUAGCCCAGAAUUUACAGAAGAGAAACCUCAGAGUCCUCAGGAUUAUCACAAUAUGGUUAAACUUCUUGAAAAACAGGAAAGUAAAUGGACAUCUAGAAUGCAAGCCCUUCAUCAUGAACAUAAGACAGAAAAGUCCCUGCUACUGUCACAGAUAGAGAAGCUUAAAUCGUCAGUGAGAGAAGAGCAGAAUAAAACUAACACCUUUGACAAGAGGAUUGAAGAGCUAGGGCAGAGGCUUCAGGAGCAGAAUCAUCUGAUUAUUACUCAAAAGAAGCAGAUAAAAGAAUUGUCCACAAGGUCGGUUGCAAGCAUGAAACCAUAUGAUUUGAGCAGUACUGUAGAGCGUCUUGAAGAAUCUAAACCAAGUCUAUCAGUGAUGCAUGAGCAGGCACCCUUGGUGCAUAUGCUGGAGCCCAUAGAGGAGCUUUCAGAAGAGGAAAAAGAAAUCGAGAAAGUUGAUGAUAAAAAAGGUAGAAGUAACCAGUAUUUAACGAAGGCUUUGAAUAUUUAUCCUUCUUUACUUAAAGAAUUACGAGCUAAGUUGGAGCAAAUCCUGGAGGGGAAGCUGGAAUCCUUGGGAAUUAAAGCAGAUGUUCGUGGUAUCCCAAGCGAUCGCUUAAAUAAAAUUUUGCGCGCUAUUGAAUCUGCUAGAGAAUGCAAACAGAAGCAGGAGCCUGAGAUGCAGGAAAUUCGAAAGCAUCUUGAACGCCAAGUUAGCUUUAGGGUUGAAGAGAAAGCAUCAUCUUGUAAUAGACCCGUUUCCUGUCCUCAGCUUCCUUCAGAAGAUCUACUGAUGUUCAGUCAGCUGGGAAGUUCCUCAUCUGCCACCCCACGAAAACCAGCAAAACGGUCUUCAACAGCUGUCCGCCCAGCUGAACAAAGAACAGCCUUCACUGAAAAUACAUCUACACCAAAAUCCAAGAACCUUUAUGGAAAUGGAGUUUCCAGAAAGACAGCUAGUAUCACAACUCCACCAUUCAGUUCAGAGGAAGAAGCAGAUGAAGAUGAUAUCAAGCAGUUUUACGUAUCACCAGCUUUAUUGCAAAAGCAGUCGAAAACAUCAAGCAGCAAAGUCAGUGCUUUUCAGAAGGUUCCUAGCAAAAGCAGUAUGGAUGGGUCAGAGGAAAGCGAGUUUGAAGAAACGGGAACACCUGCCAAAACUUCAAAAGGAACAGUUAUUCAAAAACUGACAGAACAAGUUGGAAGAAGUCUUUCUAACCAUGGGAAUAAGAACAAACCAGCUGGAGGGAUUAAUGUUGCCCAGGCCUUUGUUAAAAAAGAAGAGGUGCAAGAACUGAAGUUCACGGAAGUUGAAGACGGCGACUGGGAUAUUUCAUCAGUAGAAGACUUUGUCUUGAUGAAAGAUGAUAAAGGCCAGAAGGCACUGACAGUACAGAAAAACGAGUCAACUGCUGCACCUGUGGUACAAGCAUGGGGUCUUCCAAAAACAAGUGUACCAAAGGGAGAAGGUCUUCAUGAAACUGAUAAAACAAGCAGCUUAGUCACUGUAACAGAUUGGAGUGAUUAUUCAGAUAUAUAACGGUUGUGUUCCUGAUGGGAGGCUUUUGGGUUCUGUUGGGGUCAAAAAUGUCACUGAAAACUUAAAAUGUUUCAUAUAGGUCAUGUGGUAACAAGGAACACUGUUUACAGAGCUCUUGUCUUUUAGUCCUGUUUUUGAAACCAAAAUAUCGGUACGCACACGACUGGCCAUCUCUGUUUGGAAACGUGAGAGUUAAUGCUGCUUUCUAGUGACCUCAACAGUAAAAGUCUCUUUGAUUUCACUGAAGUGAAGAUUUCACUUCUAAUGUUUACAUUAAAGAUUGAAACUGGUCUUGCAAGAAAGCCUGUUAACCAAUCAACAGAAUUGACUCCAGAGUAUUACUUGAUAAAAUUUUCAGAUGCACAUUUUCUUGUAUUUUAUCAUAAAUUUAUAUAAAAUUAUGAACAUUUUAAAUAAAAUACUUCCAUGUCUUAAAAUGUUACAUUUCUAACAUGGUUUGCAAUAAAU